ACGCUUUAUACUUCACAAUACCAAUAUGCUCGCGGUUAUAAUGACUCUAAGAGACACAGACUAGAGGUGUUUUGUAGCAACUGCUAGGUCAUAUCUCUAUUGCAAACUGGACAGCAUUUUACUAACAUCUUGGAUGUUAUAAAUCAUAAUUUCUCCUGUAUUUACUACACACUCAAUCUAUUUACCUAAGAAGUUCAUGUAGGCACAUACGUGGGUUUACUUACUGCUCUGGACGUAACAUGGCUACCAAUUGGUUGUGUUUGAUAUGUUGGACAGCGGUCAGUUUAACUGUGACACUCAACAUAGUCUGUCUAGCUCAAUUGAAUUCCGUCUUUGCAAGAAGUUCACUAAGCGCUGCCGGAGCUCGGUCUCGUACCGGAGUAAGCAGACCAGCAAGCGACCGAGAGAAAAACAAUCUUCGGCAACGUAUAACACAAAACGACGUUCGAGUGGCUGACCAGAGGGCCAGGGAAGUUUUAGCCAGGAAGAACCAAGAAGAUCGUUUCUUCUUUAACCUAGGGGUUGAUCGUGUCCGCAAAAACACAGCGAUAUUUAUGCAUAAUAUAUUCAUUUCCAAAGCUCCUAGAGUUACAGAUGCCUUAAAAAACAGUGGGGUUCUGUCAAUUACUGCCACCAAAGAAUUGUCGAAAAGGCUUGGUCUUACCAAAAAGGAGCUGAGCAUACUUCCAGAACUAAGUGAUGUUCCACAGCCUGAAUUUCGCUGUCCAUUCCGUACUCCUCGAUGUAAUCCUAACUCUAAAUUCAGAGAGGCUGAUGGUUCUUGCAACAAUCUGCAGAGACCUUUGUGGGGCAAAGCUGGUAUGCCAUUGAAGCGAUUCCUUUCACCGUGGUAUGAUGACGGUGUAUCAUCGCCAAGAACUCUGGGAGUGUUUGGCAAUCCCUUACCCAGUGCACGGUUGGUCAGUACUACAAUUCAUGAAGCAGACUCGGAAAAUACUCGAAACCCGUUUGUUUCCCAUAUGGUGAUGCAAUGGGGACAAUUCAUUGACCAUGAUAUUACGAAUACACCUGUAGACACAGGUUUUCAGCAUGCCGACAUAUCUUGCUGUAUUGAUGAUAUUCCUGAUGAUGUCCGAAAACGUUUGGAAGUAGAUCUUAGAAACAGAGAAUCGUGUUUUCCUAUUCCAAUUCCAUCAAAUGACAGGCAUUUCAAGAAAACUUGUUUAAAUUUUGUCCGUUCUAUGCAAUCACCAAAUUCUAAAUGUAAUUUCGGUUUUCGAGAACAGGUGAACCAGAUUUCGGCUUAUAUUGACGGAGGAGCCGUUUAUGCUUCCACUAAAGAAGACCAGAAUGAGCUGCGAACGAGGUCUCAAGGUUUGUUGAAAGAAUCUGGAGUGCAUCUUCUCCCUAAGGACUCUCAGCAAAGCUGUGUGUUGACUUCAUCAGACAAUUAUUGUUUCAGAGCAGCCCCCGCUGUGGGCAAUAAAGAAAUGAAUAUUGAAAGUUACAAUGCUUGGAGACAGUGUAACCAGCGUGAAUCUGUCGACGCAUUCGUUCGUGGGUUAGUUUCUGAUUCCGCUCAGAAUGCUGACCGUUUUAUGAGUAAGCAAUUAACAGACCAUCUAUUUGAAGAUACUUUUGGUAAUAGCCUCGAUCUUGCUUCAUUCAACAUUCAACGAGGACGAGAUCAUGGCAUCCCUCCUUACAAUGUUUGGAGACAGUGGUGUGAUUUCUCGACGGCUUCGCACUUUGGUACUGGACCAGGUGGUCUUAUUGACCAUUCUUUUGAUUCGGCCAACAAAUUAAAGAGCAUUUACUCACACCCGGAUGAUAUUGAUCUCUUCAGUGGAGGACUGUCAGAGAAUCCAAUACGUGGUGGUAUUGUUGGACCCACCUUUGCCUGUAUCAUUGGACGUCAAUUUAAUCUGAUCAAAGUUGGUGAUCGCUUUUGGUACGAAAGAAAUGACCCAACUGUCGGAUUCACUCUCAAUCAAUUGGAUCAAAUACGACAAACAUCGUUGUCAGCAAUUAUCUGCACCAACACUAACAUUUCGAGAAUACAACCUAAUUCAUUUCUUCUUUCGAAUGGCAACAAUCGUCUUGUAAGUUGCGACUCUUUACCCAAAUUCGAUCUGAGUGCUUGGGGUCAAUGUGAACCAGGAAGAUGGGGAAACUGGAGCCCGUGGAGUGCUUGUGUACGUGGUCGCCAGAGAUCUCAACGUCAGUGCAACAGCGCCCCGCCACCAAAAGGAUGCGGAUGUGAGGGGCCAAAUACUCGUUUCCAGAGAUGUUCUGGUCGAAGAUGCAGAAGAUUAGUGCGUUUCAACAACCGAAGUUUCUGGGUGUGGGGAAGAUGUUAAACAACGAAACAUUCUAAAUUCUAUCACUUUUCUGUUUUGUUUUUGUUUUUUGUUGGUUUUUUUUUUGUUGUUUUUUAUUUCCUGUUACCUAAUUCUUCAACUUAUAAUUAUUCGGACUGUGAAAUUAGUAAAAUCGGUAGAGCGAUGAACGAAAAGCUUUCUGGUAUUUAGUCACUCAAUUAUAUUUUCCAAGUCAAAUCCCAUCGAAUCUGACAUUACCUUCCAUCUUUACGAGGGCGAUGAAAUGCCUACAGCUACUCAAGUACUAUGGUUGAUUUCAUCGACUGAGCUCUCCUUCACAAUAUAUGACUUUGCGUUAAUUUUAGAAAUUACUAUUAAAAGAUUUUUACUAUUAUAGAAUAUCAUUCUUUUUAAUCAUGUAUGCUCCCCAAUGACUGGAGCACUUGUGGUCAAUAAAAGAA